GCAUGCUCGCUAGCAGCAACUGAAGCUCCUUGCCCUUAAGUUUUUCUUUCUUGCCAGUAGGCAUGAUUGUCUUGUACAAUCUGCUUCAAGGAAACUGCUGUGUGCACAGUUUGCUCAUUGACAAUGGAAACCUUCUUGGUUCUGCAAAUUUAGUUCAGCGACCCCCAAACUGUCUACCAAAGAGGGAGAUCGAAAACUCACAGCUCUAAAAUAGCCAUUAUUCUAUUAAAGAAUCAGAAACUCCCAUUUUGUUUCUUAUUCUGAACCCUUCCCUAUCUCAGAACAGUGGGGUUGGGGAGGCUAUUUCUAAAUUAAAUGAAUACAAAUCUGGAGGAAGAUCUUGGAUAACUCAAAACAUGAGACAUAGCACCUUAGGUUUCAGGAAACUAUUCUUCAGUUUUCAUCAAAAUUUGAGUGGGGAUAGUAGGACCUCAACUCAACAGGAUUUUAAUCUGCCAAAAAAGACGACUGGAUUUCUAGAAAUUGAUAGAACUUCACUCUCAAAAAUAUCAAACAUUAAAGAAAACAAUUAUUUCCAAAGAAGCUUAUUUAAACCAACCAAUUAUACAUAUGCAAAUACAUGCAACAUGGAGAGUACCUAUGCCAAGAGAGGAAUGGACACUUACUGUAAUAUUCCUAACAACAAAGAAAUGAAAAAAGGAGACCUAUGGAAAAAGGAUAUGCACUUAGCUCAAUAUUCAGAUUUUAAUCUGCUUAGUGUAAAUGAUAUUUUUUCUGCUUCUGCAAAUGGAAAUGGAAUUGAAAAAGCACAGUCAUUUCCUUCUGUUUCAAAAACUUCUAGGAUGGAAGGAACUACUGAAAAGGACUUGAUUUUGAGACCUGUGACUGAAAUCCCUGCCCAGUUUAGAAAUAUUUUCAAAGAGUUCCCUUAUUUUAAUUAUAUUCAGUCCAAGGCUCUAGAUGAUCUCCUUUACACAGAUAACAAUUUUGUGAUCUGUGCGCCAACUGGUUCUGGAAAAACUGUAAUAUUUGAGCUUGCAGUUACCAGGUUAUUAAUCAAAGUGCAAAUGCCUUGGUUGAAUAUUAAAAUUGUCUAUAUGGCUCCAAUAAAAGCUCUCUGCAGUCAGCGUUUUGAUGACUGGAAAGAAAAAUUUGGACCCAUUGGACUCAUCUGUAAGGAACUAACAGGAGAUACAGCAAUGGAUGAUUUAUUUGAAAUACAACACGCUCACAUUAUUUUGACUACACCAGAAAAGUGGGAUAGCAUGACUAGAAAGUGGAGAGAUAACUCUUUAGUUCAACUAGUGAGAUUGUUUCUCAUUGAUGAGGUACAUGUUGUGAAAGAUGAGAGCCGUGGUGCUACUCUUGAGGUUGUGGUCAGCCGGAUGAAAACUAUUCAGUCUUCUCUUUCACGUGGCUCUGAGAAUCCUGACUUAGUACUUCUUAUGAGAUUUGUGGCAGUUUCUGCCACAAUUCCAAAUGCAGAAGAUAUUGCAGAAUGGCUUUCAGAUGGCAAGAGGUCUGCUGUAUGUCUGAAAAUAGAUGAAAGACACCGACCAGUGAAGCUUCGUAAAGUAGUGCUUGGUUUUUCCUCCAGUAGCAACCAAACGGAAUUCAAAUUUGACUUAACACUUAACUACAAAGUAGCUAGUGUUAUUCAAACGUACUCUGAACAAAAGCCAACCCUUGUGUUCUGUGCCACAAGGAAAGGAGUACAGCAGGCUGCUUCUGUCCUAGCAAAAGAUGCUAAAUUUAUUAUGAGUUUUGAACAGAAACAAAGAUUACAAAAGUCUGCAAAUUCAGUAAAAGAAACCAGGCUGAGGGAUCUCUUGAUCUGUGGAGUAGCUUAUCAUCAUGCUGGAAUAGAGGUGUCUGAUAGAAAAAUUAUUGAAGCAGCUUUUAAUAUGGGAGAUAUACCAGUACUUUUUACUACAAGUACCCUUGCUAUGGGGGUAAAUUUACCAGCACACCUGGUAGUUAUAAAAUCAACAAUGCAUUAUGCUGGAGGAAUGUUUCAGGAAUACAGUGAAACUGACAUUUUGCAAAUGAUUGGAAGAGCAGGAAGACCUCAAUUUGAUACAACAGCCACAGCAGUUAUCAUGACAAGGCUAAGUACUAGAGACAAGUAUGUUCAGAUGUUAAAUGGUGCAGAUACAAUCGAAAGCAGUUUGCACACACAUCUUAUUGAACACUUAAAUGCUGAAAUAGUGCUCCACACCAUCACUGAUGCGAACAUAGCUUUAGAAUGGAUACGAUCAACUUUCCUCUACAUCAGAGCUUUGAAGAAUCCAGCUCACUAUGGUUUUCCAGCUGGAUUAGACAGAAGUGGAAUUGAAGCAAAACUGCAAGAAUUAUGUUUGAAGAAUUUGAAUGAUUUAUCCUCAUUUGAUUUGAUCAAGAUGGAUGAUAAACUUUGUUUUAAGCCAACAGAAACUGGACGACUAAUGGCUUGGUAUUAUAUUGCAUUUGAUACCAUGAAAAAAUGUUUCAUGAUUCAUGGAACGGAGACUUUAUAUGAACUGGUCACAUUGAUAUCCAGCUGCAAUGAAUUUUCAGACAUCAAGUUAAGAACAAAUGAGAAAAAAAUAUUGAAUACUUUGAAUAAAGACAAGAACAGAAUAAGCAUAAGGCAUCCAAUGGAAGGAAAGAUAAAAACAAGAGAAAUGAAAGUGAAUUGUCUUAUUCAGGCACAGCUAGGAUGUAUUCCCAUGCAAGAUUUCACAUUGGCACAAGAUAUAGGGAAGAUUUUCAGAAGUGGCAUAAGAGUUACAAAAUGGUUGUCUGAAUUUCUGGCCUCACGUCAAAACAACUUCCUUGCAUUAUUAAACUCUUUAAUUUUAGCAAAGUGCUUCAGAUGUAGGCUUUGGGAAAACUCACUAUAUGUAUCCAAACAACUGGAAAAAAUUGGUAUGACACUGUCAAAUGCAAUGAUGAAUGCAGGUCUGACAUCCUUUAAAAAAAUAGAAGAUAUAAAUGCAAGGGAACUUGAAUUGAUUUUGAAUAGGCAUCCUCCUUUUGGAAAUCAAAUUAAAGAAUCAGUAGCACACCUUCCAAAGUAUGAACUUACUGUAGAACAGCUGGCAAAGUACAGUGAAGCAAUAGCUGAAAUUCUAGUGACGGUCGUACUAAUGAACUUUGAACAGCUGCAGAGAAAGAGAACUGCCCCGGAUUUUCACUAUGUAACCUUAAUAAUAGGAGAUAAUGAUAAUCAGGUGGUUUUUAAGCAAAAGAUUAUGGAUUCUGCUUUGCUGAAAAUUCAAAAUUGGACUAAAAAGAUUGAAGUGAGAAGAGCCGUUAAGUCUGAAGAGCUUAGUAUAAAUCUAAUCAGUUCUGAAUAUGUUGGUCUAGAUAUCCAACAAAAAUAUAAAGCCUUUUACCUUGGACCAAAGAUGUCUGGAAAUCAAAUGAUGAGCAUACAUGGAAAAUUAGAAAGUGGAUGUUCAUUUGAUAGUUAUCAGACUUCCUCAGAAGGGUCAUCGGCAGCAGGAAUCAAUAAAGGAGGCACAUGUAGCCAAGAGAUCUUCAACGUAAAGCACGGGAAUAGAAAAUGCAACCAUCACUGCAAAAAUAAAGAAAUCUGUGGACAUGAUUGCUGUAAAAUUGGAGUUUCACAGAAAUCUGAAAUGAAGAAAGGUUCAAAGUUUUCUUCCUAUCUUGCUGAUUUGAGAAACAGAAAUACAGUAUCAGCUGUUCCUCCAGUCAAACGAUUAAAGAUGCAGAUGUCAAAUAAAUCUCAAAAUGUGGAUUUUAAACAAUUUGGUUAUACUCCUAAAUCUUUUCUUCCAAGAUUGUCAAGGUCAGAGUAUGUACAACAUUCAGAGUUCAUUUCAUUGGAAGAGAGGAAUGAUUCUGAUCUCCAUGAAAGAUUUUGUCUGGAACAUGAAAGUUCCAAAGAGACUAGUUUCUUUGUUAGCAAGCAGCCUGUAACUUUGAAUGAAAAGAGCCAUCGGAUAAUGAUUUCAAACAAAAAUUUCAAAGAACCUUUAAUGAAUAGCAACUUGACUGAUGCAGAUAAAAGCAGCUCUUUGUUUUCAAAACCCUUGAAUGUAAAUUUUGAAUUGGGAGAUGAGGUUUGGAAUGAUUAUGAUGAUGGGAGCCUUGCUUAUUCCAGCAUAUUUUGUGCUGAUAUGGAGAAAAUGAAGAAUUCAGAAUACGCUCCCCUGAGAUCUAUGAACACAUGUUUCCAGAACUCCCUUUCCCAGACUGCACAGAGCAAACCUCCUGGUGCACUUUUUAAAAGCUUUUCCAUAUUUAAAGAGAAAUCUGAUAUCAUCCUACAAAAAUCUGACUCUCCCUCAUUAACUCCACCAUCAAAUGUGAAACCACUCACUGAAUAUGGAAAUAAAAAUAUUUUUGCCAUUCAAGAAGAAUACAAUCCUCCUGAAAAUGCGCAGUUGACUGCAAGCUCAGAAACAGUUUCAGGUUGUUACCACGUUAUUGAAAAGGGAGACUUUUUUAUCUCUAACAGGAAAAUGACAGGAGAGGCUGAUCUCAGGCAGCAGCUUUCUGAUGAUGAUAUUAAGCCUUUUAUUGGGAUAUUUGAUGGCAUUUUCUAACAGUAAGCAAGUUACAUUGCUAGUGAUGAAGCAUAAGCAGUCAUUUUAAGGAUGAGAUCUUCAAAUACCAAGUUGGGAUUUUCUUUUUUAAUGUACAGUAGUUCAUUAAUAGGCAAUUUUACUAUAAUGACCAAAAUACUAUAUGGUUUAGUUGCACUACUUAAUGUAGAGUUAUUUAAAUAUCUUUGUUUAUAGAAGGUUGCUGUUCAUAAUAUUGUAGAAGAUAAAUCUCUUAGAAAGCCAUUUACUAAAGGGGAUUGUUGUUGAGCCAAGCUAUUUGUUUUGUUUCAAAUUAUACCCAGUCUUAUUUGGGGAAAUAAGAUUAUCUUUGUAAUAUGCAUUUCCUAAGUAAAUACAUUUGUGAACAGUGCCUGAGUUAUCCCUGGAAAGAUAUCUUCUUGGUGGGAUUUUUAUAUUUUAGUAUUACUCACAUUAAACUAAU